AUGCUGCUCCCAGCUUUUCAGUCAUCCCCUGGCUCGGGGUUGCACCGCUUCCUGGCGCACCACCAAACCUUCGCCCGCAUCCUCCGGGCCCUUCUUCCUAGCUUCGUCGCGGACUACCUCUUCCCAGAGCACAAGCCGACAUGGAAGCUGCACUCUACCUCCUAUCUGGACGGCCUGCGCGGGAUCGCGGCCUUCAUCGUCUUCAUCUGCCAUUUCACGGAAAACAACUUUAGCUAUCUGACCAAAUCCUAUGGCCUAAACGGCGAGGACAAGACCUCGUCCUUCGUCCAGCUCCCCUACUUCCGCGUCAUUUUCUCCGGCCGCCCCAUGGUCCACAUCUUCUUUGUCAUCUCGGGCUUUGCCCUUUCCCUGAAGCCCCUACAGGCUCUGCAUGCCCGGAACCCAGAGAAGUGCUACACCGCUUUGGCGUCGUCUACCUUCCGCCGGCCGUUCCGACUCUUUGGCCCGUGUAUCGUUUCAACCUUCAUCAUCAUGUGUCUCCGCCAGCUGGGCUACAUCCGCAAGCCGGAAGAGAGCUGGACACUGCAAUUUCGGCACUGGCGGCGCGCUGUUCACCAUCAAAUUACCUGGCCCUGGUCGUGGGAUAAAGAUCUUCGCCCGGACUAUGAUGUCCAUCUGUGGACAAUCCCGAUCGAGUUCGCGCACUCGAUGCUGCUCUUUAUUGUCGUCUUGAUGCUCUCCCGCGUGCGCCAGGGUAUCCGCAUGGCUGCCGUCUUUGGCCUGAUCCUCUACUGCAUGACCUGCGGGAAGUGGGCUGCUUUCGAGUUCCUCUCCGGCAUGUUACUGGCCGAGUGGCACAUCCUCCGGUCCGCCUGCCAAUCUGACGCCCAAAAAACCUGGGAGAACAAUGCCCCUUCUUCAACCUCGACCUCCCACCUCCUCAAACGCACCUUCCAAACCCUCCUCCUCGCCACAUCCCUCUUCAUCGCAGGCUGGCCCAACCGCGACGCCGAUAAGACCCCGGGAAUCCGCUACUUCCUCUCGCAAACCCCCCGUCCAUUUGCCCCCACCGUUCAUCCACUGGCACCACAAAAAUUCUGGUUCGGGCUCUCCGCCAUCGCAAUCGUCUGGUGCAUAGGCGACAUCGACCCCCUCCGAAAGGCCUUCGAAUCCCCUCUCGCUCAGUACGCGGGGCGUAUCUCCUACGCGGUGUAUAUCGUGCAUGGCGCGGUCGAGGACCUCCUCAAGGCUAGACUUAUCGGACACCCGGGGCGGCCGGCUGUGGGGGAGAUAGGUUCGCCCGGGUGGAAGCCGGCUAUCGCUGGGACGGGGGUGAAGGGGUUGGUGGGGGUCGAGACGGCGGGGCAAAUUACGGUCGCGUGGGUGAUUGGGUUGGGGGUAAUGGGGGUUUGGGUGGUGUGGGCGGCGGAUGUGUUUUGGCGAGGGGUGGACGCGCCGAUGGUGAAUUUUGCGAGGAAGGUCGAGGGGGUCUGUUUGGAGGAGGAGGGGAAGCAGAAGAGGGAGGGAAGUGUUUUGCCGGCUUAG